UCGAUGACGCCUUCCGUGGCCUGUUCGUCCCUGAGAUCGAUGAGGUUUUACGGUUAAUCAUUACUGCGCGUUCCCAUAUUUCUACAUUUGGCUUAAAUGGUAACGAAACUCUCGAGGAACUGGCUCUGUCAUACAACGUCAGUCUGACCGAAAUAAGAAUUCUCGAGCUGCUCUUACUUCCUAUUAAUAACACCGACAUAAAUUUACUUGCUGCAAUCUUGGAAACAGUCACUGCGCACUCGUUUGACCUUCUCAACCGCACCACAGAGGAACUGGCGGCCAUUUUGGAUGUGCGACAUCCAGACGAUCUCAAACAUUAUACAUUCCUCCAGUUAUUGAAGAUCUCUUUCGCUGGCGAAAUAUUUUUCCGUGGCUUACAAAUGAAGAUUCGAGAAGUUCGGGAUUCUCUGCAUGUUACCUGGUACGAGAUUACACAAGAAGUGGUUAACGUGACAAAUGUUUUGGAUCUGGUAUUGACGAAGGUUCCUAUGAGAUUGCGUUACUUAAGAGGGUUUUUAAUAGGCGCGAAGCGAGAGGACCUGGAACUGCUGAACACCACCUUGGAAGAAUUCGCGGAACUGGUGAAUAUGACAGUUACGGAGUUUCGAGAUUACAAAGUUUAUCCACAGCUUGUAUUGUUCAUCGUGAAAACAAAGAAGGAAAUUACUGUCAUUAAUGGCGAAACGAAAGUGGAGAUUAGAAGAGCUGUACACGAGAUUCUUAUGUCAUACAGUGUUAAUAUUGAAGAAUUAAUCCAAGCUUUCAACUUGACUGAAUUUGAAAUUAACGAGUUAAGUCCCCUGAGGAUUGAAGUCUUAUGCGCGAGAUUUACCUUGAUACGUUAUGCAACUAACCUGAAUAUGACCCUGUCCGACGUCGCCGAAAAAUUGAACAAAACUGAGGCAGCGCUGUCGCACAACUUGACCGUGAAAGAGUUUCACGUGGUGAUCCGAAAACUGCUGAUAGUUCGCACAUUUGAAGUCAUGAGUCACAUGCUAGGCGUGAGCCAAGAUUUCCUGAAAAAUUCACUGGAAAUCAAAGUUCCUCUCUCAAGUCUAUCAUUGUGCGAGCUCGACACAUUCCUGAACAUCACUAGACACACCGUGCUGGACUUAAGUGAAGUGGUAACUCAGAAGACAUUAGCGUUUGUGGUUCAGAUCAAUGGCGUUUCCAUUACCUUUGUUUACAAGUUAACAAUUGAACAGUUCAUCACUCGAAUUAUGCGCCUCGAUAUACAUUAUAUUUUCACUAUCCGUGGACUUCAUUAUUCCUUCGACUCAUCUCGCUUACAAAUUCUGCAGAAGUAUACACUCUUCGACUUGGAGAGGCUGUUUUAUCUAAAUGGAGAGAUCUCGGAACAAAAGUUUAUCAUCUUCCGUCGCCCACUGAUUUGGAUCAUCAAUAAGAUUAUCUAUCUGGAAGAAAAUGAUGUGGACGAGUGUGACCGGAAGCAAGACAGAUGCCACCGUAAUUCACACUGCAGUAACCUUCCUGGAACCUAUGAGUGCCACUGUCCCCCGAGGGGAUACCGCGGGAGAUAUUGUGAUGAUAUUAACGAAUGCCAAGAACAGCUAGCAAUGUGUCCAAGGAAUGCAUAUUGCAGAAACACCCCUGGUUCAUACCAGUGUAUAUGCGGAGUGGGAUAUAGACACAAUGCUACAAGUAACACUUGUGAUGAUAUUAACGAAUGCGACAGCGUCUUUGACAACUUCUGUUUCUUUGGAGGAUUUGAUUGUAUCAACACGGAAGGAUCGUAUUACUGCAUGUGUCCCAAUGGGUCCAGAUAUGACAAUCGAUAUUACAUCUGCAGAGACAUCAACGAAUGCGAUGAGGAUCCACAUAUAUGCCACAGGAUCGAAAAAAAUUCAGACUGUAGAAACAGGCGACCUGGCUUUGAAUGCUUAUGUAAAAGUGGCUUUCAGCCUUUUUACAACGACAGUGUAACCCCAAGAGUGCUAGUGAAUUGCACAGAUAUCGACGAAUGUGCAAGUGGUCAGGCCAUAUGUCCUUUGAAUUCCGAGUGCAUCAAUUUUGAAGGCGGAGCUGAAUGUCGCUGCCUACCUGGUUACCAGCUGAAGAACGGCAAAUGCAGAGCUAAGCGGUUCAUUUCCGUUCUAUUGAUCUGGAUUCGUGUGAUAACGACAAGAACUUACACUCGUGUGGAUUGUCCCAGCGGUUUUCCUUACUUUGGUAAACUGCACAAGAAAUUCUAUAUUUACCAUAAUGGAAUCAUCUCCGUUGGGAAGCGCUAUUAUCGAGCAGAACCAAAGAAACUCAAAGAUCUGAAGAAGGAUGUUAUUGCUGUUUUCUGGGCCAACACUGAUGUCACACGCUACACCAGUAUCACUUACCAAGUCGUCGAUCGUAGCACGCCCGAGUUCCGAGAGCAAUUGGACAAUACCACAGAUCGACUAAAGAACUGCACAGGAAUUGACCAGUUUCAUGCCACAUGGAUGUUGGUUGUAACAUGGGAAAGAGUUUCACCGUUCGCCAGAUUUUUCUUCUUUAACCCAUAUGUGCAUGAGCAAAGCACUUACCAAGCUGUUCUGAUUACAAGUGGCACUGCCUCCUACGUAAUCUUCAACUACGAAGACGGUGGAAUGAAUUGGACCAGAAGACUUCAACGAAAGUGCGCCGUCGGAUACUCUACCAAGAGCAAGGAGUACCAUUACCAAGAUGACGACUCCUUCGAGGAAAACAUUUUCCAUAUCGACUCCAAAGAAUUUGUCGACGACGACAGCAGAGUGCGGACACGUGGCUACUUCUGCAAGUCUCUUAACACGCCAAACGUACCUACACUUACAAACGAACAGAAGUGUAUGAACUGGUACAACGAGGAACCCGACCCGGACUUUUGGCUGGCGGAAUUGAAUGAUUGUCCUGCCAGUAGGAGGGCUGCUCGUCGAGACAAUCGUUACAAGAAAGUAAGCAGCAAAGAGAGGAAAAAAGGCAGCAAAGGUUCCAAAGUUGAUUGCUACGAGCUGAAAUUCGCGACGCGUGUGUACGGCGCAAGUCACGAGUGCUGUUACUUUAAAGGUGGACCAAACAGGGACGCGUUUGUUUCUGAGCCGCCCGAGGCUGGUAGAGCUUACAGGUAUCACUACAAAAACAAAGCCCAGAGACAGACAGGAGACAUUGAACCUUUUGAAGCUUGUUGCAGUGAAGGAGAAUCCGAGUUGUGCUCUCUGUUCUACCAGAAGCGACCGCUGACCGAAGCUGCCAGUGCAAUCGUGUUCGCCCUGCCAUGCUGGUGUCGGUUUUUGGCGGGAGGAUGUCGCGGGCGAUCAUGUGGUCUCAGGAGAGGUCCCCGGCGACCAUUUCGAAGACCUUUUAGAGCCUGGUUCUUCGGUGAUCCUCACAUCUCUACACUGGAUAGCUUUCAGUAUACUUUCAAUGGCCGUGGAGAGUAUGUCUUGACUCGUUCUCUGGACAACUUUCUCCACUUUCACGGAAGAACAGAACGUCCUCUUAACACUGACGGGGAGCUGACUAACGCCACCGUAUUCUCAGCUUUCGCUUUCAAGACAAACGACAGCGACAGAGGACAAAUAGUCUACGACGAUUCCGUGCCCGGUAACCUUAGCAUCACUGUCUCGUUUCAAAACAGCUCCUGUCGUAACUACACCAUUGGGGAUUUCGACGAGGGCCUAGACUUCACAGGAAUGUCGAUCGAGAGAAGCGACGUCAACAACAACACCGUAGUGGUGUCCUUCCCGUCAGGCUUUUCUAUCGAGGUGAGCCCUGGUAUAAGACUUUUGCAGCUGAGUGUCAGCGCACCAGACGACCUAAUGAACAACACAGAGGGACUGCUGGGAACAUUUAAUGGUAUCAAGACGGACGACUUACAGUAUCCCAAUGGGACGGUGAUAUCAAGUAAUGCUACAGAGGAGGAGAUAUUCCAUCUCGGACAAGAGUGGAAGGUCCCGUAUGAGGAGAGAAUGUUCGUGUCAUCGAGUUGUAUGCUACAGAAUGUGUCCUUUGAUGAUACAUUUAUACCUGCCUUCCUUAAUCUGUCUGCUUUGACUCCUGAGAUUCAAGCGCUGUGUGGCGAUAACAGAGAAUGUAUCUUUGAUGUGCAGCAGACCGGGAACACUGAACUUGGAGAGCAGACCAAAGGUUUUGAAGAAGACAACCAGGCUGCGGUAGAUGAAUUAGGAAACACGCCUCCAGAAAUCAAGGGACCGACAGAAAUCAACGUCACUCUGAACCAAGAAACAGAAUUUUCCAUCGAAGCUUUGGAUGCUGACAACGACACGAUAACAAUAGAAAUUGACGAUCUGCCAGCAGGAGCAAUGUUCAACUUUUCCAAACUUAAUAACAUGGCCCACUUCGUGUGGAGACCUGUGAAUGCCUCCAAUGUUACUCUAGAGUUCGUGGCGACAGACUCUAAAAACGACUCUUCGGUUCUUUCCGUUGUCAUUAACAUGUGCAAGUGUGAGAACGAUGGAGAAUGUGACUUUACGGAGUUUGUGGGAGAUAACAGUGGAGCUUUCCGUGUCGUGGGAUGCAAUUGCAGCGAUGGCUACGAAGGCACGUUCUGCGAGACCGAAAUACCUGACGCAUGCGCAGAUGAUCCAUGCUUCGAUAACGUGACAUGUAAUACCACAAGGAACCCGUUCGGAUUCCAAUGCGGGCCAUGUCCCGAGGGACUAACCGGUGAUGGAGAAAACUGCUAUGAAUUUGAUGAGUGUGCUAGUCCAAAUGUCAGCCUCUGUAAUCAGACCUGUGAGAACUCGUUUGGUAGCUUCAGUUGUGAGUGCGAUCAAGGGUACAUUUCCCGCGAGGAAGGCAGAAUCUGCGAAGAAAUAAAUGAAUGCCAGGAUGUCAACACGCGGCAUAACUGCACGGAGAAUGCGUUCUGCACAAACUUGCCAGGUUCAUUUAACUGCACGUGCGACCUUGGGUUCGAAGGUGAUCCGUACACAGACUGCACAGAUAUCGAUGAAUGUACCAAUGGAAUAGCGACGUGUUCUCAGAACUGUCUUAACACACCAGGCUCUUUUGAAUGUUCAUGUAAAAAUGGAUUCCAACUUGAUAACAACAUGGCAACCUGUGAAGACAUAGAUGAGUGUCAAGGCAACCAUGAUUGCGAACGUAUCUGCGACAAUCGAAUUGGUACCUACCUGUGUAGGUGUCCCCCCGGCUUUGAACUGAAUGCAGAUAACGUCACAUGUAAAGUGGCGGAAGGUAGCGAGUGUGACGAGACAAACGGUGGCUGUUCCGAUGUUUGCGUCAACAGAACAGGAGAAAUCACGUGUUAUUGCAAUUCCGGUUACAACCUUACAGAUGACGGGAAAACGUGUAUAGACAUCAAUGAAUGUAUGACCGGUAACCAUGGCUGUGAGCAUAAAUGCGUGAAUAAUAACGGUAGCUUCACGUGCAGUUGCAAUCCGGGAUAUGCCUUAGCCGUUGAUGGAAAGACUUGCAAAGACUUCGACGAAUGUGACCUGGCUUUCGGCGUCGACAAUUGUAGCCAGGUGUGUGAGAACACAGAGGGAUCAUUCCAGUGUUCAUGAGAAGAGGGAUUCCUUCUUCAGCAAGACAACGAAAGCUGUGCAGACAUUGAUGAGUGUCAAUUGUCACCGUGUAGUGAUGGAUUAUGUGACAAUAUCCCUGGAUCAUUCCAGUGCUUAUGCCCAGUACCAACAUUUUAUUCUGAGGGAAAAUGUCGAGGUGCACGUGUCUUUGCCAUUGUUCUAACACUAUCGAGUUUGAACGGCAAAGUAGUUGAAUGGGAACCAUUGCUACUUAACAAAACCUCUGCGGUGUUUGGUUUGUUGGCCAGAGAAAUCGAAAGACAGAUUAAUGCGUUCUACCGAAGCAAAAGAGGAUUUUUACGAGCCAUAGUCCGGUUGUUCCGGCGAGGAAGCGUGAUUGCGGAUGUAGACCUCAAUUUUGCCGAAAACGCCACAGAUGUAACUCCUGAAACAUUAAACAGCGAGCUUCCGGAUUCAGGAGAGA